AUGUCAUUCCUUCUAAAGAAACUUAAAGGAUAUUCCAUUGGUAACAACGGGAACCGAAACCAGGACAUAACACAUUUAUUCUUUGUUGACGAUUUGAAGUUAUUUGCUACAAAUAUGAACAGUGCAAAAGCUCAACUCGAUUUAGUAACAACGUUUUCACGGGAUAUCGGAAUGAAAUUCGGAGAGUCUAAAUGUGCUUAUUUGAUUAUAGAACGUGGGAAACAAAAAUGCACAGACGAAAUACUUGAAAUGAACAGUACCAAGAUACAACCGAUAGCAGAAGAUAUGACGUACAAGUACUUAGGUGUUGAUGAGAAUGUUUCGUACAAAGGCUCACUCAACAAGAACAGAAUUCAAAGUGAGUACUUUAAGAGAGUUCGAAAGAUAUGGUGUAGUGAACUUAGCGGAUAUAACAAAUACAUCGCUCACAACUCAUUUGCUUUACCUGUCCUGACACCAACAUUCGGCAUUUUAAACUGGACUAAAGACGAAAUCAAGGCGAUUGAUAUAAAAACUAGAAAAGUAUUGAAUAUGACCGGUAACUUUCAUCGUAACUCUGACGUUGAUCGAUUAUAUGCACCACGAAAAGAAGGAGGCCGGGGUCUCAAGAUGGUCAAGGAGGCAUAUGAAAGCCGCAUAAUAUCAAUUAACCAACACCUACACCAAAGCACACAACGUAAUCCCUAUCUCAAAAAGGUUGUGGAAGGAGAAAGCGAAUGUAUCGUACGACAAGCUAGAGAGUUUUUAUCAACUGCGAACAUCGAUGUUGAAGAAAACUGUACGCCACAGAAACUAUCACAGAAGUACUUACAGUACUGUAAAAAACAGAGAUUACAACGAUUUGAAGAAAAAGCUAUGCACAGCUAUAUCUGGAGAAAGAUAUCAUCACAAGAAAGUGUAAAUCUCGCCAAAACAACAUCUUGGUCGGCGAACAAGUAUAUGACUUCGCAUUUUGAAGGUUAUGCACAUGCACUGUACGAACAAGAAAUCAAUACGAAAGACCUUCAAUACCGCCGCGAUAAAAAAGCCGGUUUGCAGCCUAAACACAACAACCGAUGCCGACUCUGCAAAGUGCACGUCGAAGACAUCACACACGUCGUCUCGUCAUGUCCGAAUAUGUCAGCUAGAUAUUAUCUCCCAUUGCGACAUGACCCGAUUGCAGCAACGGUCUAUACGGCAUUACGGAAGAAGGAAGACCCUCAUGCGAACGUCAAAUGCAGCGAAAACGAGUUUGUGUACAAGGAAGGGUGUAAGGAGUAUUGGUGGAACGUACCGGUGAAGACAGCGACAAAGGUUAAACACAACAAACCCGAUAUCAUCCAGUGGGAUUUACAAAGUAAAACAUGCAAGAUUAUCGAAAUUAGCUGCCCUGCUGAUGUAAACGUUACAUCGAAGAUAUGCGAAAAAGAGAACAUUUACGGACCUUUAAUACGCAAUAUGCAGUUAAUGUACAAAGACUAUACCUUCUCGUUUGUGCCUGUUAUUGUCGGUGCACUUGGAACUGUUCCUAAACGCUUGGAAAGCAGUUUGAACGAUCUCGGUUUUACGCAAAAGGAAAACUCUAGCUUAAUACGAACAAUACAGAUGCGCGCAAUUAGCGGCACAAUAAAAGUUUGCAAAACGUUUUUGAGAUUCUCUGUGUAA